GAAAUUAUGCACUUCCGCAUGUGUUCAGAGUUGUGUGAACAUCCCGAAUAGAGCUCACUGGAAGCGAGUAGACCUCCCAAGGUGACAAGACCAUUGAAGAGAGUGGACAUAUUACCACGCUUUAAGUCUUCAUGAAGCCCCAUAUGUAAGUCAGCGGUGUUAUGGCACUUUCGAAUCAGUUUGAAGAGCUCAGAAGGAGGGCAAAGUCUCAACUGGCUUUGUCAGGCUCCAUCCCAGAAAUAAGGGCAGAUGUCACAGCAAUGGCUGAGAUGGCCCUACCCCUGUCUGAGCGGUACCAACACAUCAACGCUGAAAAAAUGGUUUCGGAGAAUGCUGUUGGACAAAGUAAACAUGAGGUGCUUGAGUGCUUUGCACGCUUACUCAAAGCAGUCAGUAUUCUGGAGAAAUAUGGCUGUAAUCUGACCAACCCCAACAGGCCCAAAUACUGGCGCAGUGUCAAACACAAUAACCCAGUCUUUAGGACCACUGUGGAUGCUGUUAAGGGUGGUCGGGAAGUGCUUUCUCUCUAUGGAUAUACUAGUCAGCUCCCAGAUGGCCUUAGCUUUCCAGAUGAUGUCAUAGAGCCUGAUGUUAGAAGGGUGGCAGAGGUUACUGUGGAAGUCACGAUGUUGCGCACAGAGUUGGACAUGCUUGUCAAGGAGGUGCAUCCCCAUCCUGAGUUCUUCGAGAUUGUUAUACCAGCUCUUCAGGGACAAAAUAAUCCUGAAGAGGUCAUGCCUGAUGCCAGUGUUAUUCUCGCUAAAUCUCCACCACUUCAACCCAAGAUCCCCACCCAUACUCAUGCCCCCAUAGAUAUAUCCUUGAUUCCCACUCCACCAGCCCAGCUAGUAGUGCAGUCAGAUCCUCCUCUAGAGCCCUCCUUCAGACCCCACCAAGUGUGUGACAUGUGUGGCGGGGCAUCCACACUCCUCUGUUCCUCUUGUAACUCAAGGCCCUUCUGUGAUGCCUGUGAUGCCUUAUACCACCGCCACCCUGAUAGGGCCAGUCACAGAAGAGAUAGGGUUCAAGAAAGCUGUUCCAUUUGUGGAGUCUCCCCUGUGUCUGACCACUGUGCCUCCUGCAGCCAACAUCUGUGCAUUGAAUGUGACCGGCUAUACCAUUCCCAUCCAAGUCGCAGGGAACACAAGAGACAGAAAAUCAAUUACACACCACCGGUUAAAGCUUUGAGUCAUUCUUUGUCGACGUGGGAGUGUGUCCGGUGCACCACAGUGAAUAAUGUUCAGGCCGUGUUGUGUGCCAGCUGUGAUUGCCCUCGCUUGGCCAGUGCUGUCCCAGUGGGCUCUGAAGAAUCACUGCAGCCAUCCACCAUCACAGAGUGGCAGUGCAGGAGUUGUACAGUGGUGAACCCUGGCAGCAGCGUGUUGUGUACGGUGUGCGAGCGUCCUCGUCUCGCCACGCGUCCCUCUGUCAGCCCCAGCCGUCCUCUCCCAGCUCCACCCACACCACCCACACCACCCACACCACCAGUCCAGCUGGGCGAGAACCAGUGGAUGUGUGAGCACUGCACGUUUGCCAACUCAUCGCCCUCAGGGCUUUGUGAGAUGUGCAACCUGCCACGCCAGGAGCCUCGAAAGAGCCAUAAGCUCCUCCCUCUGUCGCCAACCAACACCAACACUACACCCUCAAAGCCUAAACCGAAGCCCAGGAACAUGCAACUACAGGCGCAGAAGAUGAAGGAGGAGGGCCAGAAACUUGUCAAUCAUAUCAGGGAAGGGGAGAAGAGGGGAAUGACCCCAGAGGAGGUGUACGCUGCCCUCUGCGUCUCCAGCAAUAGCAACGUCAACCCGUGUGACUGGAUCGCGUCUGAACUUCCCCACCUGUUGGACGAAAUCUGCGCCAUGGCCAUGUCUGUGCAGCAAACGUACAGGAAUGGGGACUCUGCAGUGGAGCAGAGGGAGGGCGCAUCAGACAUGAGCACUGGCACGGCUCCAGGAGAUCGGCGUGGGGAAGUGCAGCUGUCCAGAGCCGAGGCCAAACAGGCUUGGCUAACAGCAGGGGGCGACACUGAGAAGGCUGUGCGGCAGCUGUUGAGGAGUAGACAAGCCAAGAUGCAGGAGCUGCAUUCACUGGGCUUCCAGAACCGGGCCCAGUGUGAAGCAGCCCUGAGGCAGAGUGGCGGUGACAUACGGGGGGCGCUCUCUGUUCUGCAGCGGCCCCUUCUCGAGCCCUUUCACCAGCGUGUGUGGAGCAGUCUGCCAGAGGCCCCCAUUGAUCUCGACAACCCAGACAAACAGAGGAUGUGUCGCAGGCUGCUAGCGCUCUAUGAUCUGCCUAGCUGGGGGCGCUGUGAGCUGGUACUGUCUCUGCUGCAAGAGCCAGAGAUGGACUACUCUCUGGAGGAUGUGGUGCAGGCUGUCAAAGAGAGCCAAGAUCGGGACUUUAUCCGACGCAUGCUGAACAACUCGUGCACUAUGUGCUACAGCAAUUUUCCUCUGAACAAGAUGCAGUCCCUGACUUCAUGUCAGUGUUUAAUGUGCAGCGAGUGCUUUACCCGUCACUUCACUAUUGCCAUCAGAGACAAACAUAUCCGAGAUAUGGUGUGUCCAAACUGUGAGGAACCAGACAUUAACGACCCAGAGCACCUUGACAACUACUUCUCCACUCUAGAUAUUCAGCUGCGGGACUGCCUUGCGAGAGAUGUUUUUGAUCUCUUCCACAAGAAGCUGACGGAGCAUGCCCUCAUGCAGGACCCUAAGUUCCUGUGGUGCACUCAUUGUACAAAUGGCUUCAUCUAUGAUGGUAUCCAAUUCAAGGUCACCUGUCAGAGCUGCAGAAAGAGCUUCUGUGCCCAGUGUAAGAAACCUUGGGAAGAUCAGCAUGAGGGUGUGUCCUGUGACGUGUUCCAAGCCUGGAAGCGAGAGAAUGACCCAGAAUACCAAAGACAAGGACUCGCCGGCUACCUGCGAGACAAUGGAAUCAUCUGUCCCAACUGUAGGUACCAGUAUGCUUUAACCAGAGGAGGAUGCAUGCAUUUCACCUGCACCCAGUGUCGAUAUGAGUUCUGCAGUGGCUGUAACAAUCCUUUCCACAAGACUGGCUGUACUGUGAUACAGUGCUCUGUCACAGGGCUGCAUGCCCACCACCCCAGGGACUGCUUGUUCUACCUGCGGGACUGGGAGCCAAAGAGACUGCAGGAGCUUCUCCAGAGGAAUGGAGUCGACUUCAACACAAACCCGCCGAAUGGCACUCAGACUGGAACAUGUGGAGUGAUGGAACAGAAGGAUGAGGGUGGGCAGCACAUGGACUCUCCCUGUGGGAUUCAGACCCAGCCUGGACAGGCAGGACUGUGCGAGAAACAUUACCGUGAGUAUCUGGUGAGUCUCAUCAAUAGUCACACCUUGGAUCCAGCUCAUCUGUUUGAUGAGACAGAAUUGAAGGCUGCCUGUAGGAGACACCAAAUUGACCUAACGCAGGAGGCAGAGGACCAGAGAAUGUACCAUGCAAGGCUUUUGCAGAAAAUAUUGGAGAUUCCACUUGGAGACAAGGUUCCUCGAAAGAAAUAACUCCUGUUUAUAAAGCAAAUCUUUUUACUGUUUCUGAAAGAUCCAGAACAUGAAUCCACAGACAUGUGGGUUUUGAUCUUUUUAAACCACUAAAAUAUAAUAAUGUGAUUAAAUAAAAAAAAAAGGUGUCUUGUAUAAAAUAUUA